UCCGACUUCCCCCCGUUUCCUCCGCAACGAUCCCCGCAUCGGCUUUCCCGCGAUCUCAUGGACGACGACGACUACUACUUCGAUGAGAGCGAUGGCGACUACGGCGGGAGCUCUUACUCCCUCGAGGAGUAUCACGGUGAUGAUCUCAAUGAUAUCCUGGUGGAAGAGCCCAUCGAAAAGAUCUGGACCACUGCCUCGGUCAUCUCAGCGGAGUCUCUUCUGGCCGCACAGAAGGAAGUUCUGCAGAACGUGAUGAGCUUGUUGCUCAUAAACGAGCAGCAGGCCAGGUCGUUGCUCAUCUAUUACCGGUGGAAUGUGCAGAAGGUGUACGACUCUUUUGAACGGAAGGGCAAAGAACCGUUGUUCCAGGAAGCAGGGGUGGUCAUUUCGGACGACAGAGACCUUGACAUCUUGGGGUCGUCGACCGCCGUAAUCACCUGUAACGUCUGUUUCGAAGAUGUCGCCGUCCUCGAUGCCACAAAGAUGGACUGCGGACACUUGUUUUGUAACGACUGUUGGACACAGAAUUUUAUCAUCAGGAUAAAAGAUGGGGAAAGGACCAUUAGGUGCAUGGACACAAAAUGCAAUGCUAUUUGUGAUGAUGUCAUUAUUCGUAAUCUAGUAAGCCGAAAGGACCCAUGUCUUGCCGAACGCUUCGAGAGAUUUCUUCUUGAAUCUUAUGUGGAAGAUAAUGACAACAUCAAAUGGUGCCCCAGUAAUCCACACUGUGGAAAUGCAAUACGAGUCGAUGGAAGUAAUGUUUUUGAGGUUGAGUGCAUAUGUGGGUUCCAGUUUUGUUUUAAUUGCUCGCUUGAAGCACACUCACCAUGUUCGUGCCAGAUGUGGAAACUUUGGGUCCAGAAAUGCGGUGACGAAUCAGGGAAUACAGACUGGAUCAUGGUUAACACGAAGCCCUGCCCCAAGUGCAACAAGCUCGUUGAAAAGAAUGGUGGCUGUAACUUGGUCAGAUGUAGAUGUGACCAACAUUUCUGUUGGUUAUGUGGUGGUGCUUGUGGGGCAGAACAUACGUGGAGCACAAUAACUGGCCAUACUUGUAACAGUUUUACACGAGAAAAAGAAAUGAGUUAUUUGGCUGUGAAGCAAAGACUACAACGUUACAUGCAUUAUUACAAUCGAUAUAUGACUCAUGCGGAUUCACUAAAGAAGGAAAAUACUCUUAACGAAAAUAUCCAAAGAAAAAUAUCUGAAUCAGAAAACAAGAACUCUAUGAUCAAAGAUUACAGCUGGGUGCUGGAGGGAUCACGACAACUCCUCAGGUCAAGACGUGUCCUUAAAUACACAUAUCCAUUGGCAUUCUACGUAUUUGGGGACGAACUUUUUAAGGAUAAGAUGACACCGGAGGAGAAGGAAAUAAAGCAGCAUCUAUUUGAAGACCUGCAACAGCAGCUGGAAACCAAUGUGGAGAGGCUCUCUAUGUACAUAGAGAAGGAUUUUUAUGAUUUCAACGAUGAGCAGGUUAUCCAAUUAAAGUAUCAAGUUGUCAAUUUGAAUAGGGUCGUGAAUAAAUUUUGUGGUCAGAUGUACAAAUAUAUCGAAGAUGACUUGCUUGAACCCAUGAAACAUGCUGUUCACCGCAUUGCUCCUUACAGUUCUGGUGGUCCCAAUAUGUUGUUGCAACCCUCUUCUUCUUCUUCUGGGAAUUCUGGACAUAGCUAGGGAGUCAUGAAAGCCAACUAACAUGACAGAUCGAGACGUAGGAUUUAACUACUAAUGGUGCUGGUGAAGGUUUUUUCAUUAGAGCUACUUGUAGAUGUAUAGCUUC